CCCUCCCUCCAGCCCCUCCCUCCCGGCCCCGACUACCCACCCCCUCCCCCCGCCUCUCCCUUCGGGCCUCCCCGACCUAUGCCCCCUGUCCCUCCCUCCGGGUCCUCCCUGCCCCUUCCUCCAGGCACUCCGUCAGCCCCCGGAGCCCCUCCCUCCGGACCCCCCAGCCCCUCCCUCCGGACCCCCUCCGCCCUGCAGCCCCCAGCUCCUCCCUCCCGGGGCCCCUCCAGCCCCGUCUCCAGGCUCCCCCAGCCCCUCCCUCCAAGCCCUGGUCCCUCCCCAGGGGCCCCCCCAGCCCCACCCCACCCCCCUCCGGCCCGGUCGCCUCCCGGAGCACGGGGCCCGGCACCCUGCGCCCCGGCCGCCAUGAAGCAGCUGUGCGUGUGCGCCGCCACCUCCUCCGCGCUGCGGCUCAGCCCCUCUGACCUUGGCUCCUGCCCGCCCUGCGGCCCCUGCCCCAUCCCGAAGCCGGCAGCCAGAGGCAGGCGCCAGAGCCAGGAGUGGGGCAAAAGUGACGAGCGGCUGCUGCAGGCCGUGGAGAGCGACGACGCGGCGCGGGUGGCCGCCCUCAUCACCCGCAAGGGGCUGGUGCCCACGAAGCUGGACCCCGAGGGCAAGUCCGCAUUCCACCUGGCUGCCAUGAGGGGUGCAGCCAGCUGCCUAGAGGUGAUGCUGGCUCACGGCGCCAACGUCAUGAGCACGGAUGGGGCAGGUUACAACGCCCUCCACCUGGCCGCCAAGUACGGGCACCCACAUUGUUUGAAGCAGCUGCUACAGGCCUCCUGCGUGGUGGAUAUUGUGGACAGCAGUGGGUGGACAGCCCUGCAUCAUGCAGCGGCCGGCGGCUGCAUCUCCUGCUCAGAAAUGCUUUGCUCCUUCAAGGCACAUCUGAAUCCCCGAGAUCGGUCAGGUACAACGCCCCUUAUCAUAGCAGCUCAGAUGGGUCACACAGAUUUGUGCCGCCUCCUCCUGCAGCAGGGGGCAGCAGCAAAUGACCAGGACCUGCAGGGGAGGACAGCGCUGAUGUUUGCCUGUGAGGGGGCCAACCCCGAAACAGUGGAGGUUCUGCUGCAAGGCGGGGCCCAGCCAGGCAUCACCGACGCACUGGGCCAGGACGCUGCUCACUACGGUGCCCUAGCGGGGGACAAACUCAUCCUGCAUCUCUUGCAGAAGGCGGCACAGCGCCCCUCACCACCCAGUGAGGAUGACUCGGGCGAGGCAUCAUCUCAGAACUCCGUGUCCAGCCAUGAAAAGCGAGGGGCUCCCAAGAAGCGGAAGGCACCUCAGCCCCCUGCCAGAAUCCCCCUGCCGGAUGACCGAGAUGCGUAUGAGGAGAUCGUGCGGCUGCGACAGGAGAGGGGCCGCCUGCUGCAGAAGAUCCGGGGCCUGGAGCAGCACCAGGAACGGAGGAAGCAGGAGCUGCCAGAGGUAGAGGCCAGCUCCCUCCACAGCCUGGAGAGACAGGUACAAGAGCUGCAGCAGCUGCUGGCUGAGAAGCAAGAGGAGAAGGAGAGCCUGGGGCGGGAGGUGGAGAGUCUGCAGAGCCGGCUGUCCCUGCUGGAGAAUGAGCGGGAGAACACCAGCUACGAUGUGGCCACUCUGCAGGAUGAGGAGGGUGAACUGUCUGACUUUCCAGGGGCCGAGGCUCUGCUCUCCAAACAGCUAAGCCCCUCCGCCCAGGAGCUCCUGGCCUCACUGCAGGAGCAGGUGGCUGCACUCACCAGACAAAACCAGGAGCUGAUGGAGAAGGUCCAGAUCCUGGAGAGCUUCGAGAAGGACGAGAUGGAGGUGAACGGGUCGGCUGAGGUCGUCCCUCUGGCCCUCUAUGACUCCCUUCGGGCUGAGUUCGACCAGCUCCGCAGGCAGCAUACCGAGGCUCUGCGGGCACUGGAGCGACAGGGAACACUGGGGGCCCCUGGGGAAGAGGAGGCAGCCGUGGGGGAGGGCACGGGCACGGGAAUCAAGACCACCAGGAACGGGCCAAUGGAAAUGGAGCUCACCCCGGCUCCGGGAGCCAAAGUGAACGGAGCUGAGACCACAGACGAGGAGGCUACAGGAGUGGAAACUGUGAAGGCAGCUUCUGUGGGGGCUGAGGCCACAGAGACAAAAUCCACGGGGGCUGAGGCCACAGAGACGAAACCCACGGAGACUGAGGCCACAGAGACAAAACCCAUGGACACGGAAGCUACAGAAACAGAAUCCACAGGGAUCGAGGCCACAGAACCCGAGGCUCUGGGAAAGGGAGGAAAUCCAGAAACAAAGGCCACGGGAGCAGAGGCCACAAAGCUGGAAGCAGAGGAAGCAGUAAUGACGGCCGGCGGAGCAGGUGCUGCGGGGGCCGAGCCUGCGGGCAUGGAGACCACGCACGUGGAGGCCACGGCGGGGGCGGCCACAGCCCCAAGGGCCCCCCCGGGCCCCGUUCUCCACCCCGGGGCUGCGGAGGCCUGGGAACAGCUGCAGGCAGAGCUGGAGACCAGGAUCCGUGGCUUGGAGGAGGCGCUCCGGCAGCGGGAGCGGGAGGCGGCCGCCGAGCUGGAGGCGGCCCACGGCAAGUGCCAGGCAGCGGAGGCGGAGGCCGGCCGGCUCCGGGAGCGGGUGCGGGAGGCCGAGGGCGAUGGAGCCGCUGGGGGCGGCGGCGGGGACAUGGUCCAGCUGCGGGCCGCCCUGGAGCAGGCCCGGGAGGACCUCCGAGGCCGGGACGCCCGCCUCCGCGAGCUGGAAGCGGCCUCAGCCUGGCUGGACGAGGCCCGGGCGGGCCGGCUGCUGGCCGAGGAGGAGGCCCGGGGCCUGCGGGCAGAGCUGGCCCGGCGGGAGGAGGUGCGGCUGGAGCAGAGCCGGGAGCUGGAGGUGCUGCGGGAGCAGCUGGCCGCAGCCACGGCCGCCGGGGAGCAGCAGCGGGCCGUGGCCGCCGAGCUGGAACACGCACGGGAUGCGGCCGAGGGUCGGGCGGCCGAGCUGGCCGCCGCCUGCGAGGAAGCCCGGCGGGGCCUGGCGGAGCUGCGCGAGGCGUCCGAGGCCCUGCGGCAGUCGGCGGUGCCAGCCUCCGAGCACCACCGGCUGCAGGAGGAGGCCCUUGAGCUGCGGGGCCGGGCCGCCAGCCUCGAGCAGGAGGUGGUGGCCACGGGCAAGGAGGCUGCCCGGCUGCGGGCCGAGCUGGAGCGGGAGCGUGUGGGGAGCGUGGCCCGCCUGGAGCACGAGCGCAUCGUGGGGGCCUUGCAAGCUGACGUGGCCCGGCUGGAGGGGCAGCUGGAGGAGCUGGGCCGGAGGCACGAGAAGACCAGCGCCGAGGUCUUCCAGGUCCAGAGGGAGGCGUUGUUCAUGAAGAGCGAACGGCACGCCGCCGAGGCCCAGCUGGCCACAGCAGAGCAGCAGCUGCGGGGGCUACGCACGGAGGCCGAGCGGGCACGCCAGGCCCAGAGUCGCGCCCAGGAGGCCCUGGACAUGGCCGAGGAGAAGGACAAGAAGAUCACAGAGCUCUCCAAGGAAGUCUUCAGUCUUAAGGAGGCCCUGAAGGACCAGCCGGGGGCCCAGGGCACCGCUGAGGUGGAGGCCCUCCAAGGCCAGGUCAAGGCCUUGCAGGAGCAGCUGAAGGAGGCUGCCAGGGACCACAGCGCAGUGGUGGCCUUGUACAGGAGCCACCUCCUGUACGCCAUUCAGGGUCAGAUGGAUGAAGAUGUGCAGAGGAUCCUGAACCAGAUCCUACAGAUGCAAAGGCUCCAAGCUCAGGGCCGCUGAGCACCGCGGUGCUGCCCCCCCCACCCCCGGUUCCUGCGCAGGGCAUCCGGGCCCCCGCGGUCACGUUCCAAGCCCAGACACCCGCUGGGCCUGCUCAACUGUACUUGGCUGCGUCCACCGCCCCAUUGGUCCCUGCGUGCAUUGGCUGGGGUCGACCCCAGCCCUGACUGUGCCCCCCCCGGCCCUGGCCAGAGAACCCGCGAGCCCCCGCGUCCAUGUCCCAUCCUGUCCGUCCUAUAGCCGGGCGGCACCCUGGACCCCAGGAAUAAAAGUUCUCAGAGC